AAUGGUGCAGCCCAGGGCCCCCCUAUAUAAGGCAGGGCUGCAGGCUCGCCCUCCGGGUCAGCGUUACCUCCAGGAUACAGACAGCCCCUUCAGCACAGCCCGGCCAGGUCUCCCGCACUGCCGCAGCCAUGCCUUUCGGCAACACCCACAACAAGUUCAAACUGAACUACAAGCCCGAGGAGGAGUACCCCGACCUCAGCAAGCACAACAACCACAUGGCCAAAGUGCUGACGCUCGACAUCUACAAGAAGCUGCGCGACAAGGAGACUCCGUCCGGCUUCACCCUGGAUGAUGUCAUCCAGACAGGCGUGGACAACCCAGGUCACCCAUUCAUCAUGACUGUGGGCUGCGUGGCCGGCGAUGAGGAGUCCUACACAGUGUUCAAGGACCUCUUCGACCCCAUCAUCCAGGACCGGCAUGGGGGCUUCAAGCCCACUGACAAGCACAAGACUGACCUCAACCACGAGAACCUCAAGGGCGGAGACGACCUGGACCCCAACUACGUGCUCAGCAGCCGCGUGCGCACCGGGCGCAGCAUUAAGGGCUACACGCUGCCCCCGCACUGCUCCCGCGGCGAGCGCCGCGCCGUGGAGAAGCUGUCGGUGGAAGCCCUCAACAGCCUGACGGGUGAGUUCAAGGGCAAGUACUACCCUCUGAAGAGCAUGACCGAGAAGGAGCAGCAGCAGCUCAUCGACGACCACUUCCUGUUCGACAAGCCCGUGUCCCCGCUGCUGCUGGCCUCAGGCAUGGCCCGAGACUGGCCCGACGCGCGUGGUAUCUGGCACAAUGAUAACAAGAGCUUCCUGGUGUGGGUGAACGAGGAGGACCACCUUCGGGUCAUCUCCAUGGAGAAGGGGGGCAACAUGAAGGAGGUUUUCCGCCGCUUCUGCGUGGGGCUGCAAAAGAUCGAGGAGAUCUUUAAGAAAGCUGGCCACCCCUUCAUGUGGAAUGAGCACCUGGGCUACGUGCUCACCUGCCCGUCCAAUCUGGGCACCGGGCUGCGUGGCGGCGUGCAUGUGAAGCUGGCGCACCUCAGCAAACACCCCAAGUUCGAGGAGAUUCUCACCCGCCUGCGCCUGCAGAAGCGGGGCACAGGUGGUGUGGACACGGCUGCCGUGGGCUCGGUGUUUGACAUCUCCAACGCCGAUCGGCUGGGCUCUUCCGAGGUAGAGCAGGUGCAGCUGGUGGUGGACGGCGUGAAGCUCAUGGUGGAGAUGGAGAAGAAGCUGGAGAAGGGCCAGGCCAUCGACGACAUGAUCCCUGCCCAGAAGUAGAGCAGCCCCCAGCACAUCUGGCGCUCCGCGGCUUCUCCACACAAAACAAUAAAUGAAUAAAAGCAACGGCGGCCUUG